GCCGUUAAAAUUUCAGUCUCCUCUCAUAUCUCAACCACACGCGCCUCAUCCAGAGCUGGCGCACGCCAUGUGCUCGACGAUUUGCCGUUGACACGACGCACGGCGCACGCGUCCAUGGCGCUUGUUCUCCUCCCGCCCUCCCCCGCAUCCCACCGCCGCUCGCUUCGUCCUGUCUCCUCUCCGCCUCUCGCGCGUGUCACCACCGCCGCCAGCUUCGGCCUCGCGUUUUUCUCCCAUCCCUCCCCCGGCUGCUGCUCCCUGCAGAGGACUGGCUCCGCGGGCGGCGACGGUGAUGGCGCCGGCGAGGCCUCAUCGGAAGCGCCGGUGGCUGGAUGGCUCGACGCGGACCUGCUCAGGCGGGUCUCAGGCGCGGGGGAUGCGGACCAGGCGCUGGACAUUGUCGCAGAGUCGGCGGGAGGUUCGGUCGCCGCUCUGGAAGCGCCCGAAUGCAACGCGAUCCUCGCCGCGGCACUUGACCGAGGCAACGUCGAGCUCGCGCUCUCGGUGUUCGAUGCCAUGCGAUCCGGCUUCGCGGGAGUAGGAGGCUGGAGGUGGGCGAGACCAGACGUUCGGACAUAUGCCUUGCUUGUACAGCGGUUGGCAGCCGCCCUGCGUGUUUCUGAUGCAAUCAGGAUAAUCGAUUAUGUAUCUUGCGCUGGUGUUUCUUCUACAGAGGAGGUUCCUUUUGGGAUUAUUGUUCGCUGUCCAACCUGCAUGGUAGCAGUUGCUGUUGCUCAACCUCAGGAUGGAACUCAGGUUGUUUCCUGUUCAAAGUGUCGAUAUCAAUACGAAUUAUUUUCUGGAGAAAUUACGAGCAUUGAAUCUGAAGAAGUUAGCUGGACGAAGCUCGAAAUUCAUAUCAUUGGGGUCUCUCUUCUAAACAUGUUGCAAUCUUAUAUGUUUCAAAAACGAUGUUUACUUUUGUUGGAGAAAAAGAACAGCAUGGAUAUUUCAGCUCUGGAGAAGGCAUUGAGAUUCAUUAAUAUAAGAAAAGAUGGUCUUCCAGCUGCUGUCCACUCUAUUGUGAUCCGCGCACCUUCGGGAAUAGCACGCACUCAUAGAUUUGCUACCCAGAACGUAGAACUCCCUGCUCAAGAAGGAGAAAGAGUGACCAUUUCAUUGGCAGCCCCAUCCAAUGUUUAUAAUGAAAUGGGUCCCCUGAAGAUUGCUGCACGCUCACAAGGAUUUAAACCAGGCGAACCUAUGUGUCUGACUAAUCACAACAAUGGACAAGUCUCAAAGUUGCUAAGAGCUCCAUCAAAGAAUGAAGGAUCGUUUUUCCUUAGCCCAUAUUUAUUGAUCGGUGCUCUUGCUUUGCUUGCUUCUGGAGAUGCUGCUUCCGCAUUCAUUGACCCAAGUCUUCCUAGACUUAUUACAGCAACUGCAGUUGCAUCAGCUGCCGUCGGAACAACUCUAAAUCAAGUGGUCCUGCCAGAAAUUCAAAAGCUUCCACAAAAGGCAGUGGAUAUAGUUGCUGUACGGCAGCAGCUUUUGUCUCAGUAUGACAUUCUUCAGAGUCGUCUUAAGGAACUGAAACAGUUCGCUCAAAAAGAGGUGUGGAUGCUCGCAAGGAUGUGUCAAUUGGACAACAAAAUACUAGCAGUGGGCGAACCAUCUUAUCGUGCUAGACGAGGUAGAGUAAAGAGGGUACGGGAAAGCUUGGAAAGCACACUCUCUGCAAGGAUUGAGCUAAUGGAAAGUUAUGCAAAAUUGUGUUCAAUGAUUGAAAUUGAAGUUGAGAUGGACUCUGAUGUUAUUGCUGCUGAAGCGGCAAGCAGUGCAGAGAGAAUAUCUGAGCAAAUACAACAAUUAAUGGAGAUCGAUAGUCUUGAAGAGCAAUGGCGUAUACAAGCUGAAGCUAAUGAUGAAGCUGAAAGGCUUCUUAGUUCUGAUUCUUCAGAAACAUUGCCUGCUGGACGUACGUAAUGUAAUUUUGGAUUCAGUAUAUCCUGCCAUUGGUGGGCGGAGACAGCGAGAGGAGCAAGAAGAUGAUGUACAAAUGGGCUGGGCCGACGUGCAUGGACCAAGUGUCUGAUUGGCAUGUUGGGCUGGUGCUACAAAUAAAAUGAAAGGAAGGGAGAGAAGGAAGUUGAUAUUUUUGUUGAUUUUCUUCUUAGUGAACAUAUUAUAUGUAAACAAUUACUUGUUAUUUUUGAAAAUAGAUUGAAGAUAGUCCCGCAGCAUCGGGAAGAGGUAACCAUAGGUCAUAGGUGUGCAUUACUUGUUUGUUGAUUGCAAUGGCAUAGAAGAGAUAGCAACAAAAAUGAUUCAUCUCUUAUGUAGAGGGGUAACAUUGUCUUUUCCCAUUUACUUAACAACCAUAUGACCGUGCUUUGACAGCAAUGGCUUAGAAGGGAUGGAGUUAAAUUUCCAAUAGCACUGAAGGCAUGGUAUAUAAGGGAUGAGUUAAAUUUUUAAUGGCAUAUAAGAAAUUUUCUCGAAA